CCGAUAUCAAUCUUCGUAACUUUCUUCGACAAAAAUGCGGUGAUACAAGCAUAACUCAAAAACUUAAAAUAUUGCAUGAUAUUGCCGACGGCUUAGCAGGCAUCCAUAAUAAUGGAUUUGUGCAUCGUAAUCUACACCCUGGAAAUGUAGUUGCCGAUAUAGAUACUUGGCAAAUAGCUGAUGUCGGGUUAAUUGGUCCAUGCGAUCGACAACCUGGCUCUCAAAUAAUAGGGGUCUUACCAUAUCUUGCACCGGAAGUGCUUCUCUAUGGUCAAUAUUCAGAACAAGCAGAUAUAUAUAGUUUAGCGAUGAUAAUAUACGAAAUGAUGAUGGGCCAAAUGCCAUUUUGGGAUCAAGCUCAUGAUGCAAAACUGGCUGAAGAAAUUUGUAAAGGUUUGAGGCCUGAGAUACAUAAAUCAGUUCCUCAAAAAAUGGCAGAAUUUUUAAGACUUUGUUGGCAUGAAGAUCCAAAGAAACGACCUACCGCUGAAAAAUGCAAAGAAUUAUUUGCGGGUUGGACCAUCCAUAAAAUAAUGUAUGAUUUCAAAUUGAAUAAUGGAGAGACAUAUUCACAAAAGCACCCACAAGCCGUAUAUACAAGUCGGCAUUUUCAUUUUGAGAAUCUUGUUGGUAUUAAUAAGAAUAAUCCUAAUUUGAGAGUCAAUAAUAAACAAAGCUUAAGUGGAAACCUUGGUAAUGGAAAUGUAAUUGAGCAUUCUUUGCAACUUUCUUUUUCCGGAGACAGUCCAAUUGAUGUAUUAGCAUUCGAAACAGUUACAGAUUUAGAGGCAUAUGCACCUGAUAUAAAUACGAUUAAUGAAGAAGAUGUCAAAAAAUCAGAGGACUGCAACAAAGAAACCACAACCGACACUACUUUUCAAAGUUAUGAUUUAGGUAAAUGCCCUGGUUGCACUACCAAAUACAAAGAAGAACGAUGGUGUCGAUUAUGUACACAGAAAAAUCUUGAGAUUGAAUUCAAACAAUGGACGAGUGAAAAUCCAUUGAUCGAUGAAUGUAUACGAAAUGCCCAAUUAUCUGCAACCAGUGCUAACCAAUUGAUUGAAUGGAUACCAUACGAAAAGUUUAGUAAAAUAAUCAAAAUUGGUCAUGGAUGCGCCGGUGAAGUUUACUCUGUUCAAUAUUUAGAAGGAUUUAAGGUCGGAUGGAACGCGAAUGGAAAUACAUGGGAUAAAUUAAUUGAGCCCGAUGGAAAAUUUGCUUUAAAAACCAUACCAAAUUCCGUUUAUAUAACAGAAGAUUGGCUAAAGGAGGUGAUCAGUGGAAUUACAAGUAAUAUACCGGAAAUGAUAAAUUAUUACGGAAUCACACGAAAUCCCGACAAUGGAAAUUUAAUGGUUGUAAUGAAAUAUGCGCAAGACGGAAACCUACGUGAUUAUUUACGUAAAAAUUUUGAAGAAAUGACCUGGGAAGAUAAAUUCGAUAUGCUCCAACGAAUAGCUAAUGAUAUUGCAGAAGAACAAUGGAAAACGUCAAGAAAUCCUUCAGUCGUUUCAUUACCAGGUAGAUUGAAUAGCUCUGGACCGAUGACGCCUACUGAAAAUUCUACCUUUAUAUUAAGUCAUUCCGUGAAUUUGAGUCUUUCACUGCCAUCUGUUCAUACAAAAGCUCGACCAUAUGCUCAAUAUCAACAUACAGCAGCUAUUUAUGAAAGUAGAAAAUUAUAUUUUCCGGAUGUAAUGGAAGAAAAGGAAAAAUUUGAAUAUUCGACUGCCCAACUAGAGGGAAAAAGACUUUCUAUAAGACCGAAUUUUCCUGAUAGUGAAACCACAAAAUAUUCCCGUAAUACCGAUAGUCCCGAUAUAUUAUCGAUAAAUUCAUUGGAAUUCGAUGUCGGCGCCACUAAAAUUGAUCCGACUGAAUCCUUAACAAUGAGACAUCAUAUGCGUCGUAUCUCAAAUGUUAAAAUGGGUGAAUUGGAGCCGAUGUCUCCAAUGGUUGAUAUAAAUAUCGAUUCACCAAUUAUGGAGAAGAAUGAGCUGUUUGGCACGCAAGUUAAAGAUGCGGAAAGAACAGAAUAUUCAUUAUAUGAAGAAAAAGAGAAUAAUGAAAAAAUAGGAGAGAUACAGCAACCAAAGAAAUCAAAAAACAAAGAUAAAAAGAAGAAAAAUCAAAAAGAGAAUGAUGAAGGAUUUGGCACAUUUUGGGGUUCGACGAGACAUAGAAGUAAUAGCGAUAGUAUUGAUUCGCAAGCUUUACCAUCACAUGACCAGAUCCUUGCAUUUUUUUCAAAUUCAAUAAAAAUACAGCAAAGUGAUGUUGAGAGUACAAAUGAAGAUCAAAUUAAAGAAUCUGACUUUAAGAAACGACCAAAACUACGUAGAUAUUCUUCUUUAAGUACCUUGUCAGGUGAAGAAUUAGAUACAAAAAGAAAACGUGAUAUGGAAAGGGGUCCAUUCACAUCAAAUCUCGCUGAAACUAUGGAAGAAGAUGAAGUAUUACAAGAACGUCGAAGACAACUAUUUGGCAAUUGCGGUACAUGUAAUAACCCUAAUACCGAUUUUGAUUUUUGCCACGAUUGCCGAAUGUUAGAUGAUAUUUUAUUGUUUUACGAAUCGGUUAGUGACGAUGAAGAUGAAAAAGAAAAAGCAAUUAAUUUAUUUUAG